AUGGCAAAGAUCAAGUCCAUCGAAUACUUCCGAGUUAAGCCUCGCUGGCUGUUUGUCAAGAUCACCGACGAAGAAGGACGAUUUGGAUGGGGAGAAGGGACAUUAGAAGGUCAUUCACUGGCAGUCGAGGGGGCUUUGGACGAGAUAAUCACCCGAAUAAUUGGAUAUGAGGCAGAUGAUAUCGAGCAUGUUUGGCAGACAAUCUGGCGACUCGGAUUCUACCGCGGUGGUCCGGUCUUCAUGUCGGCCCUUUCAGGGAUCGAUAUCGCUUUGUGGGAUCUGAAGGGCCGGAAGUUGAAUGUCCCGGUGCAUCAGUUAUUGGGCGGAAAGGUGCGACAGAAGGUCCAGGUCUACGCCUGGAUCGGAGGCGACCGACCGAGCGACGUGGAAGCUGCAGCUAAGGCUCGUAUAGCCCAAGGGCUCAAAUGCAUCAAAAUGAACGCGACCGAGGAUGUGAACUGGCUUGACUCGCCUGCCGUUCUACAGUCAUGCGUUGAACGGUUAAAACAAGUGAAAGCCCUGGGUCUUGACGCCGGGUUGGAUUUCCACGGUCGCCUGCACCGACCGAUGGCCAAGCAGCUAGCCAAGGCACUGGAGCCGUACCAGCCUCUGUUCAUCGAGGAACCCUUGCUGUGCGAGCAUCCCGAGGCAAUCAAGCAGCUUUCCGAGCAAACCAGCAUUCCCAUCGCCCUUGGAGAGCGGUUAUACAGCCGCUGGGACAUUAAAAGAUUCUUGGAGGAUUCAUCAGUGGAUGUUCUGCAACCCGACAUCGCACACGCAGGGGGAAUUUCAGAGACAAUGCGGAUCGCGAACAUGGCCGAGACCUAUGAUGUUGCCAUUGCUCCACACUGCCCUCUUGGUCCCAUUGCUCUGGCAGCUUCUCUUCAGGUCGCUGUGUCCAUCCCCAACUUUGUCAUUCAGGAGAUGUCACUUGGCAUGCAUUAUAAUGUAGAAGCCGGAGACAUCGACCUCAACAGCUAUUUGAUCGACAAGUCAAUCUUUGACAUUAAAGAAGGCUAUGUGGAUGCCCCCUGCAAGCCAGGUCUGGGAAUUGAUAUCGAUGAGGACCUAGUGCGGCAGAUCAGCAAAGACACAGAGCCCUGGCAGCCGAAGGAGUUCUUCGGACCGGAUGGUUCGAUUCGUGAGUGGUAG